AUGGCGUUACGUUCCUUCCUGCGCAAGGGAUCUGGCCCGGGUCUCGUAGUCCCGAGCGUUGGAAAGUGGAAGGGAAGAGGAGGAGCCAGCAGUCUCCGAGCAUCAGGGAAGAAGCAGGAGAGCGCGAUCGACGAUGUCUCCGUCAUCCUCCUCGCAGGAGGCGUGGGGUCACGAAUGAAGGCCGACAGACCGAAACAGUUCCUGGAGCUCGAAGGAAAGCCGAUCCUCCGACACAGCCUCGAGCUUUUCAUGAAGAUCCAGGGGGUGACAAGGAUUGUGAUCGUCAUUGCGCCUGAGUACAGAGAUUCUCUUGCUGAUGUAACGAAGAAAGAUGCCAGGAUCUGCUUUGCGGAGCCAGGAAAGGAGCGCCAGGACUCUGUGUUCAACGGGCUUCAGGAGACGGCGCUGGACACGUCUCUGAUCUGCAUUCAUGACGCUGCCAGACCGCUGGUGACCGAGCAGGAGAUUCUUUCAUGUAUGAACGAUGCGCUCGAGCACGGCGCUGCUGUCCUCGCAGUUCCCAUGAAGGCUACGGUGAAGGAGAGUGAGGAUGGGAAGUUUGUGUUGCGAACGAUCGAGAGGUCGAGGCUGUGGGAGAUCCACACGCCACAGGUGAGGGAGAAGGAGCAAAUUAUAAGACCUGCUCUUCUCCGCGAAGGAUUCAAGAAAGUGAAGGAGCUCAACCUUGCCGUGACGGAUGAUGUCUCCAUCAUAGAGCAGCUUCCUGCUCCUGUCAAGAUCACUGUUGGCGAGUACACCAACAUCAAGAUCACAACUCCAGAAGACAUGCCCAUGGCACGCUCGAUCUUGUGA